ACUCAAGGGCAUGGAUGUAAUUUGAGCCCCUGCUAAUUUAUUCUUAUUUGCUCUGAAACGGUUACCUCUCCCUCUCCUCUCUCUUUUCUCUCUCUCUCUCUGAUAAGACAUUAACACACACAAUCGAUCUGCAGUUGUAGCAUACUCGAAUUCCUAUUUCCUCCAAGGUUUUUCUUGUGCACUGGUGGUUGGGAGAAUAUGUCAGGCACUGAGGAAAUCAAAGAGCAAUCGGAAGUUGUUAUGGAGGAUGCUGAGAAGGCCAUGCCAUCACCGCAGCAGGAAGAGGAAUCUGCAAAGAAUAAAUAUGGUGGGUUAAUGCCCAAGAAGCAACCAUUGAUUUCUAAGGAUCACGAACGUGCCUAUUUUGACUCUGCUGAUUGGGCUUUGGGAAAGCAAGGUGGACAGAAGCCUAAAGGACCACUGGAGGCUCUCCGGCCCAAGCUACAGCCAACUCAACAGCAAACACGCUAUCGCAAGUCUCCUUGUGCGCCAUCGGAAGGUGAAGAUGGAAGCACUGCCCAAGGCGAAGAUGCGGCAAACAACGAAUAAGAAGCUCCGAUCCUGGGAAAGUCGUCCGACAUCGCCUGCAUUGUUGAUAUUGAAGUUUCGCCUAAAUAAAAGACGUGCAAAGAGGAUGUUUUAGUGCCUCGAUAAGGGAAGAUGCACCCAUUGAGAGGUCUUCCAGAGCUUAUUCCUGUUGUAGAUAAGUUUGAGAUUUCACAUAUUUUCAGACUAUGAAUUUGGAAAGACAAAAUCUUUUAAACGUUCCUACUCUUGAUCUUUUCA